UGCCGCUGCCGCUGCCGCCGCCGCCGCCGCCGCCGCGGCUGCCGCAGCCUCUGGGAGCCUGGAAAAGGGGAAGCGAGAGCGAGCGAACGAUUCAGUCCCGCGGCGGCGGCGGCGGCGGCGGCGGCCGUGGCCGUGGAGGCGCGACGGCCGGGGCGGGGGCGCUGCUGCUGCGGGGGCAGGCGGAGGCAGGGGCGGCGGCGGCGGCGGCCCGCUCCAGCCAUGCCGAAUAAAAACAAGAAGGAGAAAGAAUCACAAAAAGCAGGGAAGAGUGGAAAAAGUUCAAAAGAAGGACAAGACACAGUAGAAUCAGAGCAAAUUUCCGUCAGGAAAAACAGCCUUGUUGCUGUCCCGUCUACAGUAUCUGCUAAAAUAAAAGUACCAGUCUCUCAGCCCAUAGUGAAGAAAGACAAACGGCAAAACUCUUCAAGGUUUAGCGCAAGCAAUAAUAGAGAACUUCAAAAACUACCGUCCUUAAAAGAUGUUCCUCCUGCUGAUCAAGAGAAGCUUUUUAUCCAGAAGUUACGUCAGUGUUGCGUCCUCUUUGACUUUGUUUCUGAUCCACUAAGUGACCUAAAGUGGAAGGAAGUAAAACGAGCUGCUUUAAGUGAAAUGGUAGAAUAUAUCACCCAUAAUCGGAAUGUGAUCACAGAGCCUAUUUACCCAGAAGUAGUCCAUAUGUUUGCAGUUAACAUGUUCCGAACAUUACCACCUUCGUCUAAUCCCACGGGAGCAGAAUUUGACCCAGAGGAAGACGAACCAACGUUAGAAGCAGCCUGGCCUCAUCUACAGCUUGUUUAUGAAUUUUUCUUAAGAUUUUUAGAGUCUCCAGAUUUCCAACCUAAUAUAGCGAAGAAAUAUAUUGAUCAGAAGUUUGUAUUGCAGCUUUUAGAGCUCUUUGACAGUGAAGAUCCUCGGGAGAGAGAUUUUCUUAAAACCACCCUUCACAGAAUCUAUGGAAAAUUCCUAGGCUUGAGAGCUUACAUCAGAAAACAGAUAAAUAAUAUAUUUUAUAGGUUUAUUUAUGAAACAGAGCAUCAUAAUGGCAUAGCAGAAUUACUGGAAAUACUGGGAAGUAUAAUUAAUGGAUUUGCCUUACCACUAAAAGAAGAGCACAAGAUUUUCUUAUUGAAGGUGUUACUACCUUUGCACAAAGUGAAAUCUCUGAGUGUCUACCAUCCCCAGCUGGCGUACUGUGUAGUGCAGUUUUUAGAGAAGGACAGCACCCUCACGGAACCAGUGGUGAUGGCACUUCUCAAAUACUGGCCAAAGACUCACAGUCCAAAAGAAGUAAUGUUCUUAAAUGAAUUAGAAGAGAUUUUAGAUGUAAUUGAGCCAUCAGAAUUUGUGAAGAUCAUGGAGCCCCUCUUCCGGCAGUUGGCAAAGUGUGUCUCCAGCCCACACUUCCAGGUGGCAGAGCGAGCGCUCUAUUACUGGAACAACGAAUACAUCAUGAGUUUGAUCAGUGACAACGCAGCGAAGAUUCUGCCCAUCAUGUUUCCCUCCCUGUACCGCAACUCAAAGACCCACUGGAACAAGACAAUACAUGGCUUGAUAUACAACGCCCUGAAGCUCUUCAUGGAGAUGAACCAAAAGCUAUUUGAUGACUGCACGCAACAGUUCAAAGCAGAGAAACUAAAGCACAGAAAGAUCCGAAGAAGGACCGUCCCCUUGCACGCCGCAAGUCCGAGCUGCCUCAGGAACCCCACACCAAGAAAGCCUUGGAAGCUCACUGCAGGGCCGACGAGCAGGCCUCCCAGGACGGCCGCUAGCCUCUGGGGCACCGCAUCGGGGCUGGGCCCGCCAGUUCUUUUCUGGAUUCUGUAGAAAAUACAUACUUUCUGUGCCAUACCAAUCAGUUACACUCAAAGUCAAAGCUUUCUUGGACCCGUUCUGUAGGCAAUAACGUGCGUCCGCCUCAGCGAGAGAUUAGGAGUUCAAACAAUGGUGACUUCCCAGAACCCGCUGGCAGAGCCGCGGGUUGACGACAGUGUCCCACAGUGUCGUCGCCACCCCAGCGCAGUCCAAGUCAGGCUAUUUCACAAAGUCAGAGCGAUAGGAAAGCACCCUACCCGUCAUCCUCACGUUCUCCCAAAUGGAACUUAGGAUCUUUUAACAUAGGAGGUUCUCUGAUAACAUCAGUGUUUUUCAAAUCAAAGGAACACUUCAGCAAGUGUGGCCUGUUUUUUAAGACUUUACAGCCUCUGGAAUGGUUUCCACGUGAUUGCUUCGCCAGCAGUUCUCGUUGGUUUGUUUUUCAGUCUCAGUGACGUGGCUCUUUGCUUUUGAGUUCUCACACGGCAUACUGGGAAAAUGACAAUCCUCAGGCGCUGGUCUUUUCUAAGGGAUCUCUUUGCUCUGAUGAGUGACAUGAAGACCGUGUCUCCUUCUCUUGUGUGUACCUAAAGCCAUAUUUCCAAGUCUGUGGUACUCCAGGAUUCCAGGAGUAAGCUUGUCGAAGAAAUUUAUUUUCAAAGAGAUUGCUCUGAAAUAUAUCUUAAAAGAGCUUGCUCUAUCUUGACAGAAAUUGGAGUCUAAAAAUUACAUGUUCGUAUUUUUAUUUACAGAUUUCGUUUGCAUUCAACUUAAACAUUGUUGCCCUUCAAACAAGGCUCUUGAAUUGAUAAAAUUAUAGUCUCUAAGAAUUCCACAUUUUACGGAAAGUUAGAACAAAAUCGUUUUGAGUUAAGCCAGUUCUUAGCGUAAUGCAAACUGCAGCUGCCUUUGAGCAUCAAGUAACCGAACAGCGUUGCUCGGGCCGGCGCUGCCGCAGCCUUCACUUAAGGCCGCGAUGCGGUUCUGAGCGCUGGGAGGGGGCGCCAGCGAGGAGGGGGUUCCAUGGAGCUCUUUCUGUUGAGAAGAGCACACAUUAUAUCAACACCUUGUCAGGAAAAUACAGUGUCUGAGUUUUCGUCGGUCUUCAAAUGCUGCUAUGUAUUCCACAGGCUUCCUUGCAUGUACUGAGCUUUUGUUUUAGAUGGAAUAGCACAAGGAGAAAACUCUUUCAGCUUAGCGCUUUGUCUAUUCUUUAUUUCUCUCAGGGUGGCCCGUAUUUUGACUUACUUAUCCUGCUUGAAAGCUACUUGAGAUUUGUACUGCUAUUCUAAACACGUGAUUCUAGUUUCUUUUAUCUGUGGCAUAAGAUUAUAUAACUUAAUGUUAAGUGUCUUGACGCAUAAAAGACAAAAUGUGGCUUCUUUUAGGAUCUGUUUUUUCAUUGAGGUCUCGGGUAUCCUUUAAAAGACGGUGAGCAGCAGACGCUGCUGCCCCUGCUGGCUUUAAAGCCACUGGCAAUGCUUCUGUCCUCGUGUCUUGAGGAAAAUCACCUGGGGGGAGGGGACUUCUCAUGUCAAGAGCAAUCGCAGGUAUGAAAUGCAAAGAUCGCCCCAGCUAAAAGUGGACAGGUCCGCGUUGUGAGACGAACACUUCCUGAGAAACUUGACAAGUAUCUCUCCAUUUUACCAUUAUGAAAUCUAUAAUUUAAAAAAUAAAAAAAACAGUUUAGAUGCCUUCUCCUUUUGAGGGAAAAAGGGUGCUUUUUAUUGUAUAAAGCAGCGUCUUAUGUAUUUUGAUAUACCAUUGUUUGAACUUCCGUCUUUAGCUGAUAGAUUCCCAAAUAUCCUUGAUUUUGGAUGUUCAGUAUGUUUGUGAGAGAGGUUUCUGGGAAGACUCUCUUUUUGCCCUAGGGAAAAAGCAAAAUAUCAACGUUUGGGUGACUGUGUAAAGCUCAAUGUGUAAGAACAUCUUUUUGUCUAGGUUUUAUUUCUGCUCUUUAUUGAAGACAAACACUCACCAAAAAGAGUUUUGAGAGAGACUAAUUUUCUUUGGCAAGAGUAUUACUUACUGUUUUGGCCUCCUCCAGUUUCCCUCGCUAGUACUCGGACUCCUGUGCUCAUCAUUCAGCGUACAUAUCACUGUAUAGAGACUGUUUACUCUGUACCAAACUGAUUUCAAAGUACUGCAUUGAAAAUAAACCGGUGACUGUUUUUCUUCAUAAAGUUCUGCGUUUGGCGUCUUCACUCUUUCCAAAAUGUAUCUGUACAUCAGAAAUGUCACUAUUCCAAGUGUCUUUUUAGUGUGGCUUUAGUAUGACUUCCUUUUAAUAUUGUACAUACAUUGUAUCUUUGUUUUAUGGUAAUAAGUAAUAAAAAUGUAGACUUCAUAUUUUGUACAAAAUGUCCUAUGUACAGAAUAAAAAAUGUUCAUAGAAACAGCAAAUAUAGGUAAGUGGCACAAUUAUUUUUCUUUAGAAAAUAUCUGUAACUUUAUGCUUUAGUGAAAUGUUAAGUACCUACAUAUUUUUUAACAUUUUGUAAUUCAAAACUUUUUGUUUUGACAUUGUUUAUGAAGAGAAACUUCAAACACUUGCCAUUUAAUAUGCUCUUUUAUCUAAUUUUCAAAAACUAAAACGCAGUGUAUCAUAUGGACUAAAUAAAGAACAUGUGAAUUUUA